AUGGCCGCGCUAGCCGCAGCCACGAACAUCAAUGGAGUCACCUGCGUCGUGCCCGCGUUCAACGCGUCACAGACGAUCGACGCCUGCCUCGCGUCGCUGCUCGCCCAGCGCACGGACCUCGAGCUCGAGGUUCUAAUCGUCGACGAUGGGUCUGAAGACGGCACUUCCGUGAAAGCGCGACAGUGGCAGGCCCGCUUCGCACGACUACAGAUGAGCCUCCGCGUCAUCCGACAAGAGAGGAACGGCGGCGCGGCGCGCGCAAGGAACGUUGGAAUAGAGCACGCGUCAUACGACUGGAUUUUAACUUGUGAUGCGGACGACACGAGCCGGCCGCGGCGCGUCGCGGCGUUACGACGAGCGGCCGAAACGCAACCUGACGCGAAGAACACCCUCUUCGGGUCCCGUUUUUCACGACACCCGCCCAACGCGACGGCGCGUUAUGCAGCGUGGGCCAACUCAUUAUCUUCAGAGCGGCUGUUCCUCGAAAGGUUCCGCGAGUGCACUUUAAUUCAACCCACAUGGUUCUUCCACCGGGCCUUAUGGAGAAGCGCGGGCCGCUACGAUGAUAAUGGAGCGACGUGCGACGAUUUAAGAUUUUUUUUGAGACACGUGGGCCGCGGCGGCCGCCUUUUUCGAGUUGAGGAGGACCUCGUCGUUUAUACGCUGUCUGAGGGAUUGUCGUCCAUGACGCAUCGCAAGGAACUGGUCAAGUGUCGCGUCGCGGCUUUUGUGAAGCAAAUCCUGGACGGGAUGUGGAAAGGCCGGAAAAUUCACGUCUGGGGCGCGGGCCGCGACGGGCGCUGCUUUUUGAACGAGCUCGCGUUGCUAGGCCGGGCUUCGGUGGUUGAGGCCCUAUAUGAUGUUGAUGACGCGAAGCUCGGGACAUACCACAACGGCGCGACGGGCCUGUCGAUGCCCGUGCGGCACGUCGACGAGAUCCGCGCGCCAUUUGUCGUGUGCGUGUCGAUGCGCAAUCCGGAGCUCGUUUCUUUCGUGCGAGCCGCUGCUAAAAAGCUCGGCGCGAUUGAAGGGACGGACUAUUACCAUUUUAACUAA